UUUUUUUUCUGAAUGGGCCGGACUUUUCCAUUCACGGUGCACGGGGAAAAAAAAAAAAAACGCGCCCCCCCCCCCGCCCACCGCGCGCGCGAGACUUCCCGGCUCCGUCGCCUACGAGGCAGCGGCGCCCGAUCCUAUCCCGGGGAAGCGCGCACGUGCCCGGCUGGCAACCUCCGCCCUGAACUUCUGUGACGCGUCAAGGCGGAAAGGCGGCCGGCGGGGCUCGGCUACUUAGGACGCGGGAGGCACUUCCAGGAUGGCAGCCAGGAUGGAUGAGUGGGUGGGCUGUGCUUACCUCUUUGUCCAGGUAACCUCGGAAAAGGUCUUUCUGCCUACACUCUACAGAAGCCCACAGCAGAAGCCCUGCGUAUACAAAGCGUUGAAGUUGGCAUUUGCAGAUUCCACAGGGGGAUUUAACGGGCUGGAUAUUCUGAAGGUCCAUAGUAGUGACCCUCAUUUGAUCAUCCAGCUCAAGUUCCACAAGCAAGAGAACUGCCGAAAGUUCCUGCAAAGCUACCAUCAAGGAGAACUUCAAGAAGCUCUCCAGAGGCAUCUCAAGGUCUCUUUGGCCUUGCCCAGCCUGGAGCCCCUCAAGACGGAACUGAGGGCUGGUGCUGAAAAGUUGGAUUCCAUCAUCCAAGAAGAAGAACGUUGUCUGGAGACCAUCUCUCGGGAGAAGCCGAAUCAUCUCAGAGAUGAAGAAGUAGCAGAGUUGGAAGCAUCCCUGGUGAAUCUUACUUUUCAAGAAAGCAACUCGAAAUCACAGCUCUCUUCAGAUUCUUCCUUCCACACUUUAAAUUCCUCCCCUCCAUCUUCCAGCCCUCCGGAGAUUUCAAAGCCUCCGGUUGAAGAAGAUACCUUCUUUUUCCAGAAGCAACAAUUUGCCAACAGAAAAAUCACCCCCGAUGACCACCAGAAGUUCGCCAAACUGGUGUCCAAGAAAUGGAAACAGGUGGGCCGGUCCCUCUACCUACAGACCAAAUGCCGAGCCCUCCGGGACCCCUUCAUCGAUAACCUAGCCAUUGAAUACGAACGCGAAGGCCUGUACGAACAAGCGUACCAGAUGCUUCGCAGGUUUAUUGACUCGGAGGGCAAGAAGGCCACCAUUCAGAGCCUGAUGGCUGCCUUGGAAGACAAUGGCCUCAUCAGUUUAGGUGAAGAACUUUUGGGUCUCCACCAAAGUGACUUGUGAAGAAGAAGGGGAAAAGAAAAAGAGUCUUUUUUGGAGACUGCUAGCUUUACAGUGUGAUUGAUCCUCCCAUACUGGUCUUUCUUGUGCAUCGGAUUCAACGAUGGCUUCUCCCUACGAUUGUUUCCCAACAAGAAUCAAGUUCAAAAUCUUGAAGUCAAACUGGAAGAUCAAGCACGGUUUCCACAAGAAAUUGCAAAGCCUGCUCUAGAACAGGAGGUCCCCAAACUUGGCAGCUGAGAGAAUUCUGGGAGAAUUAAGACUGAGAGAAUUCUGGGAGUUGAAGUCCACAAGUCUUAAAAAGUUGCCAACUUUGGAGACCUCUGCUCUAAGAAAGAGCAGUGGGCCUUCUAAUUGGAAAGGAAAAAGAUGGCCUGCCCAGGCACUGUCAGAUUUAGGAGAUCCGUAGCAUAGGACAGGGUGGGUAGAAUAAGAAGGAAUGGGUCCUUCUCAGAGGGAGAUCCGACCUGGAAAGAAGGAGGAAUUUCCUAACAGUGAGAACAAUUAAUAACGGAACUUUCUGGAGUUGUGGGCGCUCCAUCAUCGAAGGUUUCCAAGAAAAGAUUGGACGGUCUUCUGUCCUGGAUAGUAUGUGGUCUCCUGGUGUUGGAUUAGUUUGACCAAAAGACUUCCAAAGCCCCUUCCAGCCCUAUGGUUCUAUGAUUCUCCCUCCCCCCACAUCACGAUCUAACGGCAGAUUUAACCUUGGUGUUCUCCUGGUCUUCAAGGGGCCUUCUGAGUAACUAAGGAGACCAUUAGUUCAAUAAAGAAUAGCCCAGAUUUAUUUUCAUUUUCAACUCAUGACAUUCCAUUCUUUGUAUGUGUGUGAUUCAAUCAACUACAGACCAGUCAUUCUCCAUCAACAUUGGGAAAUGUAUGAAUCCUCCAGAUAUCAGCCAAGCAACUGAAGAGAUCCCUGUUUCCUAAAUAGAUGUUAUUAUAUUACAAAAAUACCUCAGGGGAGCCAUUUCAAGGAGACCUUGAGCUACGAGUUCUGGAUUGAGACGAACUUGGUCUACUUGCUGUUUGAAGGACUUAAAUCAGGAACGUCCAAUCUGGCAACUUUAAGACUGGUGGACCAGUCUUCUACCAACUUCUUUCAGAGCUGGCUGGGGAAUUCUGGGAGUUGAAGUCCACAAGUCUUAAAGUUGGACAUCCUGCCUUGGAUGUUCACAUUGAAGGCCAACAGAUAGGGAAGACUGAUAAAGAUGAAUUAUUCCUUCAUAAACACAGUAACGAGUUGAGUAGGCAAGUCUCGCCCAUCCCUGGGUCACGUUUACACUAACAGAUUUUUUAAUGCUGAUAUUUUCAAUCUCUUGAGUUAUUCAUGAGGAUGCUUCUAUACCAGUGUUUCUCAGCAAUUUUAAGCAAUUUGGAGUUCAGUUCCAACCCCCUUAAAAUUUGGAGUUCAGUUCCAACCCCCUUAAAAGUUACCAAGGUUAAGGAACCAAAUCUUCUAGGAUUCCAAACAUUUUUCUCUGAUUUUGGAAAACUUGUCAGCACAUUUCCUUGAAACAAGACGAGUCUCAGGUAUUUAGGAUAGAACUGUUGUAUUUUCUUCAAAUUCAAUUUUUUUAAAGCAGAAAUUUGAUAUAUAUAUAUUUUGGUUCGAAACAAAACUUGGUCUGCAUGAGAAUGAUUUGACUGUUUUUUUUUUAAGUUGAGCAGGGAAAUUGAGCACAUGUUCACUUUAAUCUUUAUAGUUGCUGUGCUUAAUUGCUUGCUUCUCUUAGUCUUUUCAUUAGUGCUAAAACAUGGAGCCACAUUUAACAUAUUAGCACUACAAUGCUGUAAUGCUGGAUCAAAUACUAACAGUUAUAAUUUGACAAUGACUAAAACCUCAUCUCUUUUACCUUAAAAAUAAAAACCAAGAGGAUAUAAUGCUAUAGUGCUAUUUCUUUUAAAUCUAGGAGGAAACCUUUCUGUUGCACUGCUUCUGUUUUGCUAAAAGAUUUUGGCUAAGACUUUUAAAAUCUUAUUGUAAAUGACUGUUAACUUCUAGAAUCGUACUCAUUCCACUAAUAUUUCACUAUAUGUUCUUUUUAAUCAGAGCUGUAUAUUUGUUUUAAUUCAAAGCAAUUAAAAGGCAACAAUAUCAAUAUCCUAGUUGCCUACCAGAGAUUUUAAUA